GAUAUGGAUCCAGAAGUCCCCAUUGCACCUGGCAAAGGCUUAAAGAACCACUCUGGUCUGACGGACAAAUUGAGAGAGCUGCUGUCCAAGCGCAACGACGAGCAAGCCGAGCUGCAGGAGCUGAACGGACGAUUUGCCUCCUAUAUUGCGAAGAUCCGCUCCUUGGAGCAGCAGAACCAGACGCUGGAGGUGGAGCUGAAGCAGCUGCAAAGCCACGAGUCAAAGCGUGUCGCUGAGCUGUAUGAGGAGAAAAUCAGCAACCUGAGGAUGCAGAUGGAGACACAGAAUCUUCAGAGUUCACGCYUGGAGAUAGAGCUGGAAGACAUGAAAGACAGACUGCAAAAGGCGAUCGAUGAAAAAGAAGAAGCUUUGAAUAAACUGAAUUCUUUAAAGGAGGAUUUGGAUGCUCCCACUCUGGCCAGCAAGGUUUUGGAAGGAAAGAUUAAAUUUCUCCAAGAUGAGAUUGCUUUCCAGAAAAAGAUCCACGGAGAGGAGAUCCAAGAGCUGCAGAUUCGCUUCAAGGAGACAAAGAGCAAUGUCCAGACCGAUGGAGCCAAUUCUGACCUGACGGCGGUGCUGCAGGAGCUGCAGACACAGUUUCAGAAAACGGCCGACACUAAGAGCAGUGAGACAGAGGAGUGGUAUAAAUCCAAGAUGUUGGAGAUGGAUGAGACGGCAAAUAAGAAUAAUGAAACCCUGAAGAAGUUACGCCAGGAGAUCACAGAACUCAGAAACCAGAAUCAGAAAAACCAGCGUGAGAUCAGCUUCCUGAAAACCACGAAUGAGGACCUGAAGAGCCAGAUAACGGAAAUGGAGGAAUACUACCUGAGAGAGACUCAAACCCUUCAGGAGACCAUCACAGAACUUGAGGCUGAGAAAAACGAAAUGAAGGACAACAUGGUCCAGCUCCACGAGUAUCAGGACCUGCUGAAAGUGAAGAUGGCGCUGGAUCUGGAGAUCCGCACCUACAGGGAGCUGCUGGAAAAGGAAGAGAGGAGACUUAAACCAUCUGAGCCCAGCAACGGCCCCCUGAGUGAUGAAGGUAACUGCUGCUCUUGUUGA